AUGCCGCCUGUACCUCCUCCUCUGCCUCUUACACCAUCCUCUGUCAAUAACUCUGCACCCCUUCUAGAAAUACCCCGCCCUGUAGUCCCCAACAAUGGGUCUCCUGGUGCGCUUCUGCUUCACCUUGCCAUACACAGUGGUGGCAGCUUCAAGAACCAUUGGGGAUAUUUCAUCCGAUCAGUUAACAAUCCCAACUUGGGCACCAUUGUUCACGUUGUUGGUGAUGUGAAGAAUGGCUUUGAAUUCGAGGUGAAAAGAAAUCACGACUUCGAAACAGCCUCGCCCGCACCCCUGCAUGUCAUUCCACUGCAGUGGGUUGAUGGAAAAUACUUCAACGACGCAAUGCUCAACAAUGGCAUCCAAGAGCUUGACUACAAGCCUGUCUGUGACUUCGAAAGAAGUGUUUAUAAGAUCAAGCCGCCUGAAGGGUCUCUCAACUCCUCAAAAUCCGACGCACCUAAAACAAGAGUUAUUCAAAGAGAUUGCCAAACUUGGAUCUUGGAGUCGGCCAACCACCUAGUCACAGAUGGAAUUCUACAUCAAGAGAUUGUUGCUUAUCUGGACGCCAUCAAGCAGUAG